AUGCAUUCAUCCAGUAAUAUUGGUCCGGAUUAUAUUAGCUUGAAUAUCAAUGAUUUUGAUAUUAAUUCUCGCAUAACAUCCAAAAGCCUCUGGAGGCUGGAAGAGUUAGUCUUAGUAGACACCGGUGUCCAUGCAGAACAGGUCGGAAAUGCCGAGACGGGAGAUCAUGAUGACAAUGUAGAUCACCUCGAUCACGUUGAAAAAGAAAAAGCAGUAGACGCUCAAGUGAUAGAGGAGCCCGAAUUCCAGCCAGAAAUCAAUCAAUUAGAUGAUGACCAAAUCGGAGAGCCCCCGCAGCCAAAGCCGAAUGUGGUAAAAUUCAAUGGUCCUCAAAAUGACCGGCAAAAAGCUGUCGUUAAAGCUUUCAAGCACUCUUGGGACGGCUAUGUUAAAUAUGCGUGGGGGCAUGAUAAUAUCAAGCCAAUCUCCCGGGGUUACCACGAAUGGUUUGGUCUAGGGCUCACUAUUGUAGAUUCUCUCGACACUAUGUACAUGAUGGGUUUAAAUGAAGAUUUUGCAAAAGCUCGAGCGUGGGUCUCAGAAAGUUUAAAAUUUGACCUGAACCGCGACGUAAACCUCUUCGAAGUAACAAUCCGGGUUCUCGGUGGUCUCCUAGCAAUUUACCAUUUAUCCGGCGACAAGCUAUUCCUCCACAAAGCGACAGACCUCGGCGACCGUAUGAUGCCCGCGUUUUCCACAAGCUCUGGAGUUCCUUACUCCGACGUGAACUUGGGUACAAAAAGCGCUCACAGUCCAAAAUGGGGCCCAGACAGCAGCACCAGCGAGGUGACCUCAAUCCAAUUAGAGUUCCGCGACCUGAGUCGCAGCACCGGUCAGCCGCGGUUCGAAGCUGCUGCUGCUAAGGUCUCCGAGCACAUACACAACCUGGAGAAGUACGACGGCCUGGUGCCGAUCUUCAUAAACGCCAACACGGGGCUUUUUAGAAAACACGCGACAAUAACUUUGGGAGCUCGUGGAGACAGCUACUACGAGUAUUUACUCAAGCAGUGGCUUCAAACAGGCAAAACGAUUGAUUAUUUAAAAGAAGACUACCUCCUGGGUAUCUCAGGAACGCAAAAACACUUGUGCAAACGCACUGCCAAGAACAAAUACCUGUUCAUUGCGGAGCUAGUGGGCGCUUCUAAGGACAUGAAGCCCAAAAUGGACCACUUAACUUGCUACCUGCCAGGCACUUUGGCUCUGGGGACUCACCAUGGUCUCACUGAGGAGCACAUGACCCUAGCUAAGGAGCUUACGGCCACUUGCUACCAAACUUACGCAAUCCAGCCGACUUUCCUGGCUCCAGAGAUCACGUACUUCAAUGUACAAGGUCUCAAUGAAGAUGAUAAUCAACUGGACAUGUAUGUCAAGAGCACAGAUGCGCACAAUUUGCUAAGACCCGAAUUUAUUGAGAGCCUCUACUACAUGUGGUACUUUACUGGAAACAAAACUUACCAGGAUUGGGGCUGGCAGAUAUUCCAAGCGUUUGAAAAUUUCACUAAAGUCGAGAACGGAUACACGAGCAUUGGCAAUGUUCGCAAUCCCCAGAACACUAGGCCAAGAGACAUGACCGAGAGCUUCUGGUAUGCUGAGACUCUAAAGUACUUGUACUUGCUAUUUGAUGACACCAGACAGUUGAUUGACCUUGACAGGUGGAUCUUUAAUUCAGAGGGGCAUCCCCUGCCCAUUUAUGAAAUUUAA